AUGGAUGAGGUUCCCACAUUCGAAGAUGUCACUGGGAUCCAAGGUUCUUCGGAGGCUAAUAUGUAUAUGGAACUAGACCCCACUAAAAAAAUCCUGGUACAUGCUGCACAACAAAGUCCUUUGAUCCCCUUCACUGGGACUCGUGAAGUAUUGGACACUCAUGAGGCAAGCCAAAGAAGAAAGAACAAUACUAUCAAGUGUGUAGAGGAUCCACAGGGAAGAGAGGUUACUGAACAGGCAGCAAUUGGUGAUGUUCAUUGGCUUUUUCUCCUCCCUUUUUACUACUUCUCUACCUACCAAUCUCAAGGAAUGUAUAUCAACAAUGGAUACCACACUGCUGUGGAGAUGAAAGAUUGGAUCAUGCACCCCUUCACCCGAGAGGAAGUUAAAACUGUUGUAUUCCAAAUGAACCCCUUAGGUUUACUUGGCCCUAAUGGAUUCUCAGCUCAAUUCUACCAGCAACACUGGGAGGUGGUGGGUGAGGAAGUGAGCAAUUAUGCCCUCCAAGUCCUCAAUCAAGGUGGCUCCUUAACUGAGAGUGCAUUUGUACCUGGAAGGGUUAUCACAAAUAAUAUAUUAGUUGCAUACGAGGUCCUCCACUCUAUGGAUUCAAGAAUGAAAGGAAAGAGAGGAUUCAUGGCUUUGAAACUUAAUAUGAGCAAGGCCUAUGAUAUGGUCGAAUGGAGUUUUGUGGAAGCAGUUAUGAUUAAGAUGGAAUUUCCACCUCAAUGGAUCAAUCUGAUCCAAACCUAUCUCACCUCAGUUUCUUACUCAAUCCUUGUUAAUGGUGAGCCUCAAAAGAAGUUUUUGCCUUCUAGCCCAAUAGGGAGGGGUCCAAUCACUGUGAAUCACUUCUUCUUUGUAGAUGAUAGCCUUCUUUUCUGUCAAGCUAAUACUGAGCAACUCUCUUGUGUUUUUAACAUCCUUGCCUUGUAUGAAAAGGCCUUGGGACAAGCAUUGAACAAAGAAGAAUCUUCCAUCUUCUUUAGUAAAAAUACUAAGCAGGCUACACAACAACAAAUCCUGGAGAUGGCAAGAGUAACACCAUCUGGAUCUUUUGAGAGGUACUUGGGGCUUCCUGUUUUGGUGGGCAGAGCCAAAAUAGCUGCUUCCAUUCUCUCCUUGAUAGAACUUGGACUCGAGUGA